AUGCAAUGUGCGGAGGCAAAAGGAGAUCAGGAUAUGCUUCGUGUACUUAUGGGAGUCGGCAAUGAUUUAGUUGCCGCCGAAGCGAAGUAUCACAAAACAUGCUUCGCAUCUUAUGUGAGCAAGUCAAAGCUCAAGUCUCAAGUCUUUAAGGAAGAUGAAAGAAAAGAAUCUGUUUAUGACCAAGCAUUUCGUGAAAUGGCUUUCGAAAUUAGAACGGGGCUAGAAUCGGGAAUGGCUUAUGAUAUGGUUUCAUUGUUGAAGAAAUAUGCCGAAUUGCUAGAAGAAAGAGGAGUUGAUGGUCAGAAAUACACUAGCCAGAAACUGAAGCUUCGAAUGAGAAGUCAUUUCGGAGAGACGAUUGUAUUCCAUCAACCUUAUCAGAGAUCAAGACCCGAACUCGUGUAUUCAAGUAGUAUUUCACUACAAGAUAUUAUCAAUGCUUCUGCUACCCACAACAAAGAACAACCGUCAUCACAAGCACGUCGAAACCAAGCCAACACCCAAGAUCCUCCUCCUAAACUUCUUAUGUACGAAGCGGCGCAGUUGUUAAAACAUCAAAUAAAGCAGUGUAAAGGCAUAUCUAUUUAUCCAGCAAGUGUGAAUGAUAUAGAUCAAGCAACAGCUAAAAAUGUAGUACCUGGAGACCUAUACCUUUUCUUGCGUUGGUUGAUUACCAAUGACGGUGUGGAUAUAGACGCUGAGUCAGAUUGCAGUAAUGAUUCAGAUGAACGAAAAGUUCUUUGUCUCGCUCAAGAUGUAAUUCACUGCACGUCUCAUGGUCGGGUAAAACUCCCAAAGCACCUGGGUCUCGCCAUGUCUGUGCGCCAUUUGACUGGAUCUAAACAAUUAGUUUCCAUUCUCAAUCGUAUGGGUCACUGUUCAUGCUACAGCGAAAUAGAAACUGUAGACACUGCUCUAGCAAGAGAGUCUAUGGCAAAGUCGGAGCGUGAUGGCACUGUCAUACCUUCUAAUAUAAAACCAGAUACGUUUAUUCAGUUUGCGGCAGAUAACAACGACAUAAACGAGGAGACGCUUGACGGAAAGGAUACUACACAUCCUACAACACUAGUUGUUUAUCAGCAGAAGCCAUUUGGCCCAAUGCCACGGAAAGAAGUGCUUGCCGAUCAUACCAAGAAGAAAAGGUCUCUGAAGAAAGUUAACAGCUGUGACGAAAUUUGGGAAUGUUCAGCUUAUGGAAAACGCCCGAUUGUCACAGAUUUUCUCGGUCAAAUUGGUACAGAGUCUUUUCACACCACAACUGACGCAUACAUAUCAUCAUGCAGGAUGGAUUUGACGUGGGCACUUGGACGUAUGUCCCCAACGAAAUUGUUUGAUAUCGCCGAGGUCACAAAAGAGGAAACUGGCCAGCCCAUUCCAAGUUGGAGUGGAUUUAACUCCAUGUUGUUUCCUGGUACCGCACAGCCUACGGUAAUUGGUUACUGUCCAAUGAUAAAUGGUUCUUCCACCGAACUAAGCACGAUAUACACGGUUAUGAAGAAAGCGCAAAAUAUCUGCUCAAGCCUUCAACAGAGAGACAUGGUCAUCACAUUUGAUCUGGCGAUCUAUGCAAAAGCGAAACAAAUCCAAUGGAAAUUUCCCGACGAGUUCUCAGACACCGUUAUUCGUACGGGUGGCUUCCAUAUUGCAUUGAAUUUUCUUGCAGUCUUGGGAAAGAAAUAUCAGAACUCUGGCUUGGGGGAUGUAUUAAUAGAAUCUGGGGCGUAUGGAUCUGGUAGCGUAAUGGCGUUAAUGAAAGGAAAGUCGUACAACAGAGGGGUGAGAGCACACAAACUGGUCAUGGAAGCGCUAUUUCGUCUGAUGUGGCAAUCAUUUCUACAUUGGUUAAACGGUGGUGGUAUGGAAUCCCAGGAGCAAAUUGUAGAUGAAGAGCAUAUUACUGAUUCAAUCAAAUCUUUUCGUUUGGCUGUUCAAAAUAAAGAUCACGUUCCACAGAGUGCGGAGGCUACUAUGUCCGAAUUGUUUACUUUGAUGGAACUUUUUGAAGUCUUCAGACAAGAACAGAAGUCCCGAUCGAAGAUGUUUGAUUUCUGGAACGAGUAUAUCAGCAUGGUUAUGAAUCUUCUUCAAUUUAUCAAAGCAGAACGAACGGGAAACUGGUCUCUUCAUCUUGCAGCUACAUCAGAAAUGGUACCCUACUACUACGCCCACGACAGACCUAACUACUCUCGGUGGCUUCCUGUGUAUUUGGCAGACAUGGAACAACUUGAGAAAAACAAUCCUGUUGUUUACAAUCAAUUCCAGGAUGGGGGCCACGCUGUGAAUCGCUCAAGUCAACCAUUUGCUAAAGUAUGGACUGACAUGGCACUCGAGCAAUCUAUCAAUUUAGAUUCCAAAUCUAAAGGAGGUAUAAUUGGGAUCAGCCAAAAUCCAGACGCACUUCAAAGAUGGUUCUUAACCAUCCAUGAAAGAUCAGCCAUCACCACAGCAGUCAAGCAAAUGUGUGGAAUUAACGAUUCGGACAGAGUUGGAACACACAAGGAAGCAGCCCCAAAGCGUGUGGAGCGUGAUGAGAAAGAUGUUGAGAAGAUAGUUGCUUGUUUCAAAUCUGGUCUCAUGAAGGAUCCUUUUUCGGAUGAUAACGAUAUUUUGUGUAAUAUUGCAACUGGUGUUGUGUUGCCUGAAGAAGUAGCACACAGAUUGGUGAAAAGCAAAGAAGAGGGUCUGAUGCAGUUGGACUGCUUCGUACAACAACGCUUACAUUGUAACAGUCUGAGCUUUUGGGACGCCAUUCCAAACCUAAAGAUCAAGACGUUCAACACCACAACAAAGAAAAUCAGAGUCCCGUCUUCAAACGAGAAGUCUGUUGUCAUGGCUGAAGACAGAGAUCUUUUUGGACGGCUGUUAAUUGUUGCCAAUGUUCGAGAAAUCAACCUAAGAGAAGUUCUCAGCUUUGAGCUUUCAGCAGUACCAUACUCCCUGGCACAUUCUGAUGGCACUCUUCGCAAGACGGCAAAGAGUGUACUACUCCAAAUUUUGGAAAAUUACGUCACUGUGGAAUCACGACUUACAUCCAUUCCAGGGAUCGCAACUGUCCAUAUCCUUGACGGCAUGGCACUGGUACAGAUGAUGAAAUUUGCAGGAGUGACAACAUUUGGUGAGAUGGCAGUCAAGUACUACGAAGUAAUCACAAGUUACUUUAGGCAAGGAAACUGUCAUCGAGUUGACGUGGUUUUUGACCAGUACUGGCAUAUUUCCAUCAAAGGAGGGGAGCGGAAGAAACGCGGAGAAGCAAAUGCAUUAGAAGUGAAGAUACAUGGAAAAUCCACCCCAGUCCCUAAGCAGUGGAAUAAAUACAUCUCAAAUGUGAAGAAUAAAGUGAGCCUUUGCGCGUUUCUGACAGAAAGCUUCUGUGAAAUUGGAAAACGUCAGCUUCAGCCAAACAAGCAACUUGUCAUUGGAGGAGGAAUGAGGGACGGAGACCUUGCACUAUCGGUCAGGAAUGGUCAAAGUCUUACCGUUCCAACUUUAGUAUCAGAUCAUGAGGAGGCAGACACGCGAAUCAUAUUGCAUGCAAAGCAUGCUUGUGAAGAUGGGCAGAGGAUUGUAGUACAGUCCCCUGACACUGACGUUCUGCUUCUCUGCGUGUCACAUUAUCGUGAAAUUGGAUGCCAGCAACUGUGGUUCAGAACCGGAGUCAAGGAUCGCCUACGCUACAUUCCAGCACAUGAUGUAUCUACAAAUCUUGGCCCUGAAAUCUGCUCAGCCCUCCCUGCGUUCCAUGCUCUAACAGGAUGCGACUCGACAAGUGCAUUUUCGCGCAUUGGAAAGAAGAAAGCAUGGAAAGUCGUCACAAAAAGCAAAACACAUCAGGAGACUCUUAGAUGCAUGGGACAAUCGGUGGAUAUCGAUGAAAAUACAGUGCAAAAUAUCGAAGCCUUUGUCCGUAGUUUGUAUGCAAUAUCAGCUAAAGGUCCAGCAACAGUUGAUGAAGCCCGUUAUGUAAUGUUUUGUCAAAAAUCAAAGAGUAACAUGUCACUUCCUCCAACGUCCGACAGUCUCCUGCAGCAUAUCAAAAGAGCAAAUUACCAAACCUACGUGUGGAGAAAAUCUUUAGUUCCAACACAACGAUUGCCAUCGCCUGAAGGUUACGGCUGGAAGCUUGAAGAUAACACGUUAUUCCCUCACCUUAUGACAAAGCCACCAGCGCCAGCAUGCAUCUUAGAGCUUACCAAUUGCAAGUGCUCUAAGUCUUCAUGCACGCAGAAUUGCUCUUGCAGCAACAAUGGUCUGGCCUGCACUGAGGCGUGUAAGUGUAUGGCUGAUGAGAAAUGCCGUAAUCCCAGCAAGAUGCAUUGUUACAACUCAGAAAAUGAAGACUCGGAAGAUUCAGACAGUUAUGAGUGUGCCGAUUAA